CCGCACUGCGGCCAGGGAGGUCCACCCUGGCACCGGCUGCUGCCUGUGGCCUUGGGCAGGCAAGAGCAGAGGGGCCAGGGGUUGCCUGUCCUGCCCCCACCCUGCUGGGGCCUCCCUCCCCCUCCAUUGAGUCCCAGUUAAUUAUAACUCUGACCUAAGUGCCCUGUGCCACCACGCCCGGGCCAGCCCUGCCCAGGAGACCGAGCAACCAGGUCCAUGCCUCGGCCAUGCUCUGCGCAGACGUGCCCCCACCCCUCCUGGGCCCCUCAGUGCUGCUUCUGCUGCAGCUGCUGCUGCCCCCCACAUCUGCCUUCUUCCCCAACAUCUGGAGCCUGCUGGCUGCCCCCGGCUCCAUCACCCACCAGGACCUGACUGAAGAGGCAGCGCUCAACGUCACCCUGCAGCUCUUCCUGGAGCAGCCACCCCCCGGCCGGCCCCUCCUGCGUCUUGAGGACUUCCUGGGCAGGACCCUCCUUGCCGACGACCUCUUUGCCGCCUACUUUGGACCCGGGUCUCCUUCUCGGCGCUUCCGAGCAGCCUUAGGCGAGGUGUCUCGUGCCAAUGCAGCCCAGGAUUUCCUGCCCACUUCCAGGGAUGACCCUGACCUGCACUUUGAUGCUGAGCGACUGGGCCAGGGACGCACACGCCUGGUGGGGGCUCUGCGGGAGACCCUGGUGGCAGCCAGAGCCCUUGACCACAGCCUGGCCCGCCAGCGCCUUGGGGCUGCACUUCAUGCCUUGCAGGAUUUCUACAGUCACAGCAACUGGGUGGAACUGGGCGAGCAGCAGCCACACCCGCACCUCCUCUGGCCCCGGCCGGAGCUCCGGAGCCUGGCGCAAGUGGGCGACCCUACCUGCUCCGAUUGCGAGGGCUUGAGCUGCCCGGGAAAUUGGCGGGGCUUCACGAGGCUCACCUCCGGCUACUUUGGAACUCAUCCCCCCAAACCUCCAGGGAAAUGUAGCCACGGGGGCCAUUUUGACCGGAGCAGCUCCCAGCCGCCCCGGGGAGGCAUCAACAAGGAUAGCACAUCCCCAGGCUUCUCCCCCCACCACAUGCUGCACCUCCAGGCUGCAAAACUGGCCCUUCUGGCCUCCAUCCAGGCCUUCAGCCUGCUGCGAAGCCGCCUAGGAGACAGGGGUUUCUCCAGGCUGCUGGACAUCACCCCAGCCUCCAGCCUGAGCUUCGUCCUGGACACCACAGGCAGUAUGGGCGAGGAGAUCAACGCUGCCAAAAUCCAGGCUCGCCGCAUCGUGGAGCAGCGGCGCGGCAGCCCCAUGGAGCCUGCCCACUAUGUCCUGGUGCCUUUCCAUGACCCAGGGUUCGGCCCUGUCUUUACAACCAGUGACCCUGACAGCUUCUGGCAACAACUCAAUGAGAUCCACGCCUUGGGGGGCGGCGACGAGCCUGAGAUGUGCCUGUCUGCCCUGCAGCUGGCCCUGCUGCACACACCUCCAUUCUCAGAUAUCUUUGUAUUCACGGAUGCCUCCCCCAAGGAUGCCUUUCUCACCAACCAGGUGGAAUCCCUCACUCAGGAGCGGCGCUGCAGGGUAACAUUCCUGGUGACUGAAGACCCAUCGAGGGUUCAGGCCCGAGCUCGGCGCGAGGUCUUGUCCCCCCUGCGUUUUGAGCCAUAUGAAGCAGUGGCCCUGGCCUCAGGAGGAGAGGUGAUCUUCACCAAAGACCAGCACAUUCGGGACGUGGCAGCCAUUGUUGGGGAUAGCAUGGCUGCCCUGGUGACUCUUCCACUGGACCCUCCUGUUGUGGUGUCUGGGAGGCCAUUUGUGUUCAGUGUGGAUGGGCUGCUCCAGAAGGUCACAGUCCGGAUCCACGGCGACAUCAGCAGUUUCUGGAUCAAGAACCCUGCAGGGAUCUCCCAGGGCCACGAGGAAGGUGUGGGUCCUCUGGGUCACACUCGCCAUUUUGGGCAGUUCUGGAUGGUGACCAUGAAUGACCCCCCACAGACAGGAACCUGGGAGAUCCAGGUCAUAGCUGAGGGGACCCCCCGGGUAAGAGUGCAAGCCCAGACCUCCCUGGACUUCCUCUUCCACUUUGGGAUCCCCAUGGAGGAUGGACCCCACCCUGGCCUCUACUCCCUGACUCAGCCAGUUGCAGGUCUCCAGACCCAGCUGCUGGUAGAAGUGACAGGGUUGGGAUCCAGAGGCAACUCUGGGGAUCCUUGGCCGCAUUUCUCCCACGUCAUCCUUCGAGGGGUCCUGGAGGGCGCCGAACUAGGCCGGGUGCCUUUGGAGCCCGUGGGACCCCCGGAGCGAGGACUCCUCGCGGCCUCGCUGCCGCCCACGCUGCUGUCCACCCCUGGGCCCUUCUCCCUGGAGCUGCUUGGGCAGGACGGAGCGGGGCGGCGUCUGCACAGGGCAGCCCCUCAGCCUUGCACUGUGGUCCCCGUCCUUCUGGAGCUCAGUGGCCCCCCAGGUUUCUUGGCCCCAGGUGGCAAGGUCCCGCUCAACCUCCGCAUCUCCAGCUUCUCGGGCCCUCAGGAUCUUGACCUUACGACGUCAGUGAGCCCCAGCUUCGCCCUCACCUCCAAUCUGUCCAGCGUUCGCCUGGGACAGAAUGAGUCCGCCUGGGGCCGCUUGUGGCUGGAGGUCCCGGACUCAGCCGCCCCGGAUUCCGUGGUGAUGGUGACUGUGACUGCGGUGGGUCAAGAAGCCAGCCCAGUGCCCCCGACCCAUGCUUUCCUCCGGCUCCUGGUGCUGGCCCCAGCCCUGCAGCCCCAGCACACCCUGACAUUCUCUCCCUCUUCCCCCUAGGACCAGCUUGCUGCCCCUGUCACCACGCCCACCCCAGUCUUUUGUCCUUUCACUUUGGUGACUCAGGGCAGGGCUGGUGGGGAUAUGGCUGGCAACCCCUGGUGGGGCACAGUUGGAGGGGGGCUGCUCCUGCUAGGCCUGGCAUCUUGGUGA